AUGGUGCUGGGAAAGAACAGGGACAUAAAGCCUCUUUUGUUGAAAUUUGGGGUGGCUUUUGCUCUCUCUUUUGCUGGAUUUCUCUUUUCUCGUCUCAAAAUCAAAAGGACCAAGCCCUCCCUGCCUCCUCCACGCUCGCCGCGCUCUUCGGAUAAAGAAAGUGAAGUUGAUCCAGGAGUAAGACAUCGGGGAAAGGAUGACCUUAAUGUGACAAGGAAAUCACACAGUUCAUGCAAUGCUUCAAUUGCGUCAGAAAAAUAUGAAGAGGCAUACAUCCCAAAUGUCUGUGCUGGUAAUUGCACAGCCAGCGUUUUUCCAUGCAGUAAACAUGGUGGAGGUAAAGAUGGAUUACUCUUGCCAGUGUUCAAUGAUCUUGUGAAGGAAUUUGACUUUGCUGCUGCAAAUUCUGGGUUUUCUCCAAGGAUGAAUGUUGAAACGCCUAGGUCAGAUGUAGACACUCCGAAAACGUUUAGAACUUCAGAAAUGGAAGAACAUGAACAAGAAAUCAGACACCUCAGAAGCACAGUCAGAAUGCUUCGAGAGACAGAGCGGAAUCUUGAGGUCCAGUUGCUCGAGUAUUAUGGCCUGAAAGAGCAGGAGACUGCCGUUAUGGAGCUCCAAAAUCAGUUAAAGAUAAACACCAUGGAGGCUAAGCUUUUCACUCUCAAGAUUGAGUCUUUAGAGGCAGAGAACCGAAGACUGAAGGCACAAGUGGCUGAUCAUGCAAAAGUGGUGGGUGAGCUUGAGGCUACUAGGGCCAAAAUCAAGAUUCUAAAAAAGAAACUCAGAUUCGAAGCUGAACAGAACAAAGAACAGAUCUUAACUCUUAAGAAAAGAGUUGAGAAGUUUCACGAUAGUGAAGCUGCUGAUAAUUCCGAGAUUCAAUUGAAGCUGAGAAGGCUAAAAGAUUUGGAGGGUGCAGCUGAAGAAUUGAGAAAGUCUAAUUUUCAAUUGCAAAUAGAAAAUUCUGAAUUGGCUCGGAGUUUGGAGUCCACACAAAUCCUUGCAAAUUCUAUCUUGGAAGAUCCAGAGGCAGAAGCAUUGAAGGAAGUGAGCGUGCGUUUAAGACAAGAAAAUGAAGAUUUGACUAAGGAAAUUCAGCAACUCCAAGUUGAUCGAUGUUCUGAUGUUGAAGAAUUAGUUUACCUCCGGUGGAUAAAUGCUUGCUUACGGUAUGAGCUGCGGAAUUUUCAGCCCCCAACUGGUAAAACAGCGGCGAGGGACUUAAGUAAAUCACUAAGCCCGAGAUCGGAGGAGAAAGCCAAACAGCUAAUAGUUGAAUAUGCAAACACUGAAGGGAUGGGGGAGAAGGGGAUGAUGGUCGACUUUGAUUCUGAUCAAUGGUCAUCCUCCCAUGCUUCCUUUUCUACAGACUCUCCGGAGUUUGAUGAUUUUUCUGUUGAUAAUUCAUCAGCAACAAAAACCAACACCACCAGUAAGAGCAAAUUGUUCAACAAGCUAAGGAGACUCAUACUUGGUAAAGACGUUCAUUACGAAAACCGGGUUUUGUCAACAGAUAGAACUGGAUAUGCGGAAGAUAACGAGUCUCCAUAUUGCAGCUCAAGUAAAUCAACAGCAGCUUAUACUGGGCCUGAGGGUCAGAGUAACGUAUUUGCUACUUCAUCGCGUAGUUCAUCUAGAGCUUCUUUAGAUCUUCCCAGAUGGAGGAGUCCAAAGCAGCAGGAUACCAAGGAUGUACAAAGUGUACAAAGUGUUCAAAGACAUAGCGAUGUGGGAUCCUCCCCGGGGUAUAAGACCUUCAGCAGGGAAGGUUCUGCAGAUUUGCCCCUCAAAUCUGAUCAAGACUCAGAUUCUACCGAGAAAGCUGAGUUGGUGAAAUAUGCCGAAGCUUUGAUGAGCUCUCGUGGUGCAACGCCCAAGGUACACAGAAAAUCAGCAUCAGCAUCUUAG